GGUCAACGAUCCAAUAUGAUUCACAGCGGUAAUGGAUAAUUAGAAUUAAUUAAUAUACACUGGCUUGUAGAAGUUGGCAUGCAAAAUAGAGUACCUGUGAACGGUAGUUGAUACGUGUUUCAUCAUUCAUCAAAUGUGUCAUAAGGACAUAACCAUGUUCAAUAAACUUUUACUAAUAAGCCUCUAUACUGCUCUCGGUUACUUUCCAUGCCAAUGUGUGCCUAGUGAUAGAGUGCUAUCGCAACUCGAAAUAUUACACGAUUCGCCUCCAAAUCAGAAUGAACACAUUCUAUCAUCCGAACCCAGCUUAAGUUUUAGUGAUUGCGAAAAAAAUGAAGAAUGUGUUGUAGCCGGAAGGUGUCUUAUAGAAGCCAAUGGAAAGGUUAACAGUCGACAAUGUGUAACGGCAUUUGGAACGGCUGGUGUGUGUUGCUUACUCAACGAAAAUCAUCUCUGGCGAGUUCGAGUGAGGCGUUCAAUCCGAAAGGAAGAUUUCGGACAAGUUUACUUGAAUGCUGUACAUGAUGGUCGUCAGAUGUAUGCUAGAAAAAUUGGAGGAUCAAAAAUCCCCGGUAAAACCGCUAGUGAACAACAGAAGCCGUAUUCAUCCUUUCAUCAGUUACUACAGCCGGGACAGCAUGCGUCGCACGAGGAAAGAGAUCAGCAACAAUUAUAUGAAAAUGUGUUCAUUAGCAAACAGUUUGCUGAAAUGACCAACAUGUCACUUGUGGAUCGUCAGCUAGAUAGAUUCGAAGCAAUGCCCAAGCAUCAUCAAAAGCGUUGUAUUCCGGCGGUUGAAUGCAAUCCUCAUUCCCGGUACCGUUCCAUCGAUGGUACCUGCAAUAACCUUCACCCGGAGCGGACUUCAUGGGGAGCUGCAGGUCAACCGUUCAAGAAAGUUCUUCCACCAGCUUACGAGGAUGGUGUUUGGGCUCCGAGGACACAUUCCGUGAGCGGUAACCGACUGGCUAGUCCAAGGACAAUUUGCGCUACCAUAUUACAUGAUGUCGAUCGACCAGAACCGCAUUUAAACCUUCUUUUGAUGCAAUUUGGCCAGUUUAUAGUACAUGAUUUCUCUAGAAGUUCCAGUAUUAAAAUAGGAAAAAAGGAAAUUGACUGCUGUGCAGCAGACGGAUCACAUACAUUACCGGGAGAUGAGCUACAUUACGCUUGCAUGCCGAUCGAUGUAAGCCCGCAUGAUCCGUUUUACUCAAAGUUCGGAGUGCGAUGUCUAAACUUUGUUCGGCUUACCUUAGCUAGUGAAAGUAAAUGUCGGAUGGGAUACGCUAAACAGGUCAACAAGGUUACACACUUCAUUGACGCAUCAACUGUUUAUGGUUCAGAUGAUGAACUAGCAGCUUCUCUACGGACAUUCCAAAAGGGACAACUCAGGAACUCUUUUCCAGUUGGAAUUGAACUGUUACCUCUGAAUCCAAAUCCAGGCGUAUGCGAACCGUGGGCCAAAGUUUGCUUCGAAGCGGGGGAUGAUCGAUCUAAUCAAGUUAUUUCACUAGUUCAAGUGCAUACGCUAUUUUUAAGAGAGCAUAAUCGUAUAGCCAAUAUUCUAAGCAAAGUAAAUUCACACUGGAGUGAUGAAAUAUUGUACCAAGAAACACGUAAAAUCGUGAUUGCUGAACUCCAGCACAUCGUUUACAACGAAUACCUCCCGAUAAUAGUAGGAUUAGGAAAAGCGAGACAAUACGGAUUAUUGGACGACGUCCAUGGUCAUAACAAGUUAUACAACGAUAAAUUAAAACCAGCCGUAUUGACCGAAGUGAGCGCGGCAGCUUUCCGUUUUGGCCAUUCAACUGUAGACGGUCAUCUGCACAUCCGACACCGCCACACGCGAGCGGAAGACAUUCCCAUCCAUACAGUUUUCAAUGAUCCUUCGAGACUACUUAAUCCUACCAGUUUCGACGACUACAUGUUCUCUCUCGGCAAUCAAGCGCAACAGCAACUGGAUGAAUUUGUUACCACUGGAUUGGCAGGCUUACUGUUUGCAGGACACGCACCUUUUGGUUCUGAUUUACCUUCGCUGAAUAUUCAGCGAGGCCGUGAUCAUGCCGUUCGUCCCUAUAAUGAUUAUCGCGUCUGGGCUGGCUUGUCAAAAAUAGGAAGCUUUCAAGAAAUGGGUCCAAUUGGCAAUGAAUUUGCCAAAGUUUAUGAGUCUCCCGAUGAUAUUGACCUUUGGAUCGGAGGUCUUCUAGAAACUGCACAGCCUGAUGGCCUGGUAGGAGAAACGUUUGCACAUUUGAUUGCGGAACAGUUUGCUCGCCUCAAGUACGGUGAUCGUUAUUAUUAUGCCAACAGUCCAGAAAUCAAUCCUGGCGCUUUUACCUCCCAUCAGUUGAGACAAAUUCAACAGACCAAUCUGGCUAGUGUGAUUUGCGCCAACCUCGACCAGCGUAUGGAUUUUUAUCAGGCUCCGCGUGCCUUUUUGAAGUCUGGGUCACAUAAUCUGCCAGUACCGUGCAAUCAGUAUCACGAUUUAGACCUUGAGGCAUGGCGGCAUUAAUUUUUAAGUGAAAUGUGAAUAUUCGUAUGUGAGUGAAACUUUCCUUCAGAUUCAUGUACUCAUUCGUGUGUAAUAAUUAUUUGUUUCUUUUCGUGUUUGAUUGUAUAAAUACAAUAAAAAAGUUUCUUUUUGUCAAGAAA